GGGGAGGGGCGGGGAGACGUGCUGGUGGUGUGGUGGCUCUCAGCCGUGCGGAUGGUGAUCGUGUGGGAGAGGAGGAGGAGGACAUGGAGGAGGGAGAGGAAAGGAGGGAGGCGGCUGUAGCACCGUCUGCAUCAGCGGCGGCGGCUGUGGCGGAAGCGGCGGCGGCGGUUGUCGCAGCGGGAGGGCGGUUGGACGAUCGGAUCCGGGUGCUGGUGGUGGGAUCUGGAUCCAAUGUACGACAGGGUUUGCGGCUGUUGCCAUUGAUACGGGAGUUCGCUCGAGUGGUGCAACGACACUACCCCGGGCGGUUGAGGUCCAUGUACCUGGCUGACAUGCCGCGGGGGCUGCGCAUGGGCCUGGGGGCGGUGCUGAACCUGCUGUCCGUGGAAACCCGGCAGAAGGUCAAGCUGUGCAAGAUCGAGGACCUGCCGGACUGCAUCUCAGGGGAGCUGCUCACGCGGGAGGCCGCACUGCUGCUGCUGCAACGACAUCACCCCCAACACCCCCAUCAGCCUCACCCCCAGCAGCGGCAGCCUCACCGGCUGCUGAGCUUCCUGGGGCCGCCCACGCCGCCGCAGUCCCACCCGGGCCAUGUGAUCAACGAUGACGGCGACAUCGCGGACGCUGGCGGCUGGUCAGAUGCCGCCGGUGGCGCCGGUGCUUCCAGCAGCAGGGCGAGCGGCGCCCCUGCUGCUGGCGGCAUCGCAGGCCGGGCUUGGUGCGCACUUUCCUCCGGGCUGUUCCAUCGCCGCCGGCGACGACAGCAGCAACAAGAACAGCAGCGGCAGCAGCAGCAGCAGCAGCAGCAAUACCGGCCAGUAGCCGCAGACACUGCAGGAUUUGCGCAGGGCCCUGAUGCCGCGGGCUUUACCGCUGCCCGGGCACCUCUCCAUGCUGCUGCUGCUGCCGCUGCUGCUCCUGCGCUGCCUGCUCGGCUGCUGCACGCGGUGCGGCUGUGGGUGGUGCGGGUGGUUGCGGCUGCACUGAUGGCACUCAUGGCAGCCAUGGCCUGCCUCACAUACAAGAGCCUGCUGGCGCGGCCGUAGGGCGGCGGCGGUGGAGGGGGCUGCGGGGGACCCAUGGGUCAUCAGGUGGUGGCGUGCCUAGUGGCCUAAAAUCGCCUGCUGGCGCGGCCGCAGGGCGGUGGCUGUAAGGUCGAGAAGUUGAGACCUUAUGUGUCCUGGGAAGCCGUCAGCCAGCCGGCUUACUAAGUAAGGGUAAUUUGGCGAGAGGCGGUGCGGGAACGAGGUGUGCUAGAAGCGCUGCAUGUACGGUAGCCAGAGCGGGCUUACAGGGGAUCGUGGGGGGUCUGCCUUUGCAGGGGAUCUAAUCCCUUUCCAUAACUGUGUUUGUGUUGCUGUUGUACUGCUGUGGACGUGUGUUGUGUGCUAUUGCAGCCCUGCAGCUCACCUCAGGUGGGCGAGGGCAGGCAGCGGAGCGGGGAAUCAAUACACGUCUUCCCUUGGGACGGACUGCUGCCGCUGCUUAGGCAUUCGGACGGUAUCAGGAAGUGCACGAGGGCAACACCGCUUGCAUGCAGCGUUGCAAGGCAUGUGUGCUGCGUGCCUGCGCACGUGUGCAGUUGCAUGACGGCAUGACGGUUACUCGCGGGGCAACAAACGAAAAACCGCCUGUGGCGUUAUGGGAUGUGUUGUAUCACAUCAUCAUGAGCGGCUGAGUGGCGCAGCUAGGUUGCUAUACAUACACGUAUACAGAGCGCGGUGGAAAGAUGUGUUGGAAGGGGCCUCUACAGACCCAUGGCCCCACGCGCAAUCGAAAUCCGGCGGUCCUUGGAUUGUCGAGUAUGGUUGUUGCGCGCUUUCCAUUAUUAGUUUUCGUUAUGGCACCUGGCGGCCCGUAACUAACAACUCCUCGAGGCACAGGACAUGUGCGCAUUGAGCUGUGGCGUUGCCGGGUUUCCAUGCCUGUACCUUUUAUUGUUCUUAAAGCGACGACGCUCAGGCUGGUUGUGGUUAGGGCUUGUAGGCGAUAGCGAAGAGGGCGUGGAGAAGGCCGGGCCUUGCGGCGUUGUGGAUGACCCCCCCGUGUACAACAGUACUUUUCAGCGGCAAGGCUUGUGGGCAGGGCAAUGAUGAGGUUUCCCGGGCAGGCUAGAGAGAGUGUACGACGCAGGGUUUGGAGUCAACGGAAUAAGGUAGAGCGAGGCGCCCCUGCUUAUUACCUUUUAACUGAGAAGAAACAGCAGCACGAGUGUACGACACAGGUUCGGCAGGUCACAGGUUUUUUUAAAUAGUACAACCGUUUUUUUUCGAUGUGGAUGUUUUAGUGCCAGUGUGUGAGACGGCUCUUAAGAGUAGUUGCUCUUUUGGAUUGUUGGAAAGCUGUGUCCUUCUUGGGCGGGUGGUGAUUGAGGCGGCCACCCAGGGCCGGCUAAGUAGCUGCAUUCGGCGUUGAGGCAUCUGGUGUUGACGCCUUGUAGUGUUGGCUUGCAACACCGAACGGAUGCGCCUCUGCUUGUGGGCUUGACAGCUUGUAACGAUACCCCUGGAGAGGAACACGGAACAGGCACGAGAGGGUGUUGGGUUAAUAUGGACCGCACCUGACCGCAUGUGGAUUUGGUAAUGGUUGGAGG